AUGGCAAAAGCAGAAAUCGGAACAGCCAAAUAUCAAAGCAAGAAACUCAAAGCCUCGGGCCUUCAAAAACUUAAAUAUUAUUGCCAGUUAUGUCAAAAGCAAUGUCGUGACGCCAACGGCUUUAAAAACCACUUAAAUUCCCCUUCACACACGGGACGAAUCUCAAACCUCGAAUCAUCAGGUGAAGCCCGUUCUUUAGUCGAUGAAUAUUCAACUCAAUUCAAAUCUGAUUUCAUGCGGUUGUUGAAGAUAAAUCAUGGGACUAAGAAGGUGAAUGCUAAUAAAUUCUAUCAAGAAUAUAUCUUGAAUGAUAAACAUCAUGUACAUAUGAAUUCGACGAGAUGGGGUAGUCUAACUGCGUUCAUCAAAUAUUUGGGUCAAAAUGGGUUGGUGAAAGUAGAGAAUGCGGGCGGAGUUGAUGAUGAUGAGUUUAAUUUGGAAAUUAGAUUGGUGGAUAGUAGUGGUGAUGGUAACAAGAGUAAUAAUGAUCGAGAGAAGGAAUUGAAAUCAGAAGAGGAUUUAUCGAUGAAGUUAUUGAAUCAACAGAUUAAACAAGGACAAGCUGUUGCUGCUACUACUGAUACUAGUAGUAUUCCUUCCAAAGAGAUUAAAUUAUCAACUGGUCCAGUUAAGUUAAGUCUAAAGAAGACCACAAAGAAGCCAAUCAAGAAAAUACGAUCAGCAUUCGAUAGCGAUGACGAUGACUAA